CAGAUAUAGGAGUCUUGCUUUACUGUAUGCUUUAGGUGCAUGGUCUGAUGACAUCCUACAAGAAUGUAGUGGUCUCUAAAACUAGGUAACAUGCUGAAGGGAUUUAUUUGCACCGGGAUGCAAGUUAAGAAGAGCUUUCUGAAAACGAACUACGCUGGAUUUGUUUUCAGGCUUUGCAAUGCAGUGGACUACUAAAAAAACUGAAACAAAAUUAAAAUACUGGACAUCCCCAAAUACUUUGCUGUCACGAAGGGAGGCUUCGUUUUUGUGAGAGUACAGAAACACCCCAACUGAUUUUCACACAGUGCAAGUACAUAAUUGGGGAAACCGCGCAAGCUUCUUUGUUUUCUUACAGACAGUUCAUUCAUAUACUCCUGUCUGCAAAUGAUACAAACAUACCAGCUCUGUGGAAGCUUUCAGAUCAUUCGCUAUACAGCUUGGACUUUAACAGUAAUUUUUAAAUGAACAAAUGCGCAAUUGUUGGUAACCUGCCGUGUCCAGUGAUAAAAUGGAACUCCUCCUUUGUCCGAGUUGUCGGUGUCUUUUAAGCGAGCCCGUGACAGUUUCUUGUGGACAUUCUUUCUGCAAAAGGUGCUUAGGGAAGACUUUACCUCCGCAGUGCCCAGUCUGCAGCGAAAGGUUAAAACUCUGGGACGUGAAAAGCGUAAAAAACAAUGUUGUGAUUUUCGCUGUCAUGGAGAAAUGCUGCCCUGAAGAGACAAAACUACAAAAAAUCAGGUGCAGUUUACGAGAGUGCCUUCAAAACCGUGACUUUAACCAAGCGCUUCAGAUUGCCAACGAAGGGAUGCAGCUUGCACCUCACGAUUUCAGACUACGAAGCUCAAGAGCUGAGGCCUACUUGGAACUACGGCAGUUUAAUGAAGCUCUGGAGGAUUUUGAAGCUAUGUGCAAAGCAAGACCUUUGUGGUCUGAGGGAUUCUUUAGAAAAGGAAAAAUAUUCUUGGAGAUGGGCAGAAACACAGAUGCCUUGCUCCAGUAUCACCGUUGUCUCACACUGGACCCAGAGUUUACAGCUGCCAGGGAAGAGAUACAGAAGAUUUUACAAGGAGAUGCUCUGCCCCUUCCUGACACUGUGGAAGGCUUGCUCAGUGCUGUGUCUGUAUACACUUGCCUUUGUGAACCAAUGAAAAGAGACAACAUACAGCAUUCUAGUGCCAAUAAAGUGGAUUGCCAGCCUGUGUCUUCAUUGCCGGUGAGUGAGGAGGCACAGGGUCAGCAGAUUCAAGAGAUAAUGGAGCCGCAAGCUGCCGAUACAAAGGACAAAAUAGGAGGCAGUUCCCAACAGCAAGACUCCCCUCUCAAUAUUCUGAGCAUGUCUGACUUUGAAUGCCCGCUUUGCAUUAGGUUGUUUUUUCAACCAGUUACGACCCCCUGCGGACACACUUUCUGCAAGAGCUGUCUGGAACGAAGCCUGGACCACAACCUGCGCUGCCCGCUCUGCAAACACAAUCUCCACGAGUUCUUAAAAAACAGAAAAUACAAUUGCACGUUCCUGCUGGAGGAGAUCAUGUCCAAACUAUUUCCAGUUCAGCUUGAAGAGAGGAAACAAGUACAUGAUUCGGAAAUGGCAGAACUCUCAAAUUUAACGAAAGAUAUCCCCAUCUUUGUGUGCACCAUGGCUUACCCUGGCGUGCCAUGCCCGCUCCAUGUAUUUGAACCGCGGUACCGCCUGAUGAUGCGCAGGUGCAUGGAGACGGGCACGAAGAAGUUUGGAAUGUGCACCUUUGAGGACGGAAAAGGGUUUGCAGGUUAUGGCUGCAUGUUGGAGAUUCUGGGUCUGGACGUGCUUCCUGACGGCAGGUCCUAUGUUAAUUGCAUUGGAAGGAGCCGCUUCCGGGUGUUGAAACGCAGCCAUAGAGAUGGCUACCACACAGCGGAUAUAGAAUACCUGGAGGAUCAAAAAGUGGAAGGAGCAGAUUUGGAGGUUCUGAAGUGUUUACAUGACAGCGUGUACCAGCAGGCUUACGACUGGUUCCACAGACUGACAGGCAGGAUCCAGGGGCAGAUCAGCAUGCAGCAUGGCCUGAUGCCUGACAAAGAGGAGGACAUCCAGGCUUCCCCAGAUGGUCCAGCCUGGUGUUGGUGGCUACUGUCAGUCCUGCAGUUAGACCCUGCCUACCAGACCACAGUCCUGUCCCUGACACUGCUCCAAGACAGACUUGGCCAUCUCCGCAACGUCCUAGAAUUCUUCUCACAGAACCAAAUCUUUAUUUAAAAUGAAGGAUACAGUUGAGCCACUUUGCACCUUAAUCACUAGCUUAAAGAACACUUGCUUAAUUUUUUUCUAGAAGCCUUUGUUUUUGUAUUAUUAUUAUACAGUCCAACACAACAGUGACCUUAUCCAAAUAUGCAUCACCAUCCUCGUCACACAACUUCCCCAUUUAUUAUCCUUAAUGAAAUAAAAUGCUUCUGUGCACAGAAAGGUUUAAAAGGGUUUCAGCACCUCUCCCAGGUUUCAGAGCUACCCACAGUGUAUUGCUGAAAUGCUCAGAAGCCAGAUGUCUGAGCAAUCAGGUCCCUGUUAAAUAGAUCAUUCUGUCCUGUGAUAAGGUUACUGUGAACAGUUCAGAGCAGAGAAACCAGGUUGCUCAAAUUCAUGACACUGGGUCAUUUUAAUAGUAUACCUAAAUAAGGGGAGUUCUGAAAUUCUAAACAAAAUAUGAUUUUAGUAGUGCUAACCAACUAUAUGGCUGUGUCUGAAUACUAGACUAUAUAAGGACUAUAUAGGGAGUUCAGUUAGCCACCCAUGCUAGUUUAUAUUGACAAUACUGAAGUAAAGCUCAGUGUAUCCCAAUCCUCAACUGCAGUUCUGGGGGGCUCUGAACAGACCAGAGUAAAAAUGCAUUCAACGUUGAGCGAUUCUGCGAGAAAAGUUAGCAUUUAAUUUAUUAUUUUUCUUUUGGUAUUUCUAAAAUGAGCACUAUUGACUUGUAAAUAGUUAUGGAUGAUUAAAUCAGGUUAGAAAUACAAAUGAGGUUGUUAAAAAGGCAUUUUAGAUCCAGACUGUUCACAGCUAUGUACAGCAUUAACAAUUUUUCAAGUUGGCACAAGGGUUGACGCAGGACAUUCAUUAUUGGUUUUAACAGCUGCUCAUACACAGCUAUCUGUAAAUUUUAGAUGUGAAAUAUCAGUUGGGUUUCAGUGCCUUUCCAGUAGGCCAUAUUCAUUCAUAAUAUAUUAGGAUGUGUUUAUUAUUAUAUUCUUCAUCCAGUUUAGUAUGUAAACCAUGAAACAGUUUGUCCUCGGUUCUGGGUUUCAGAACUACCCACAGGUGCAUUAUUAAAAUAAUCAGGUGCCAGGGGAUGAACCUUAAAUUCAAUAAAACAUGACUAGAAGUCUUUUUUCAGUGUUGGAGUUUCUUUUAGAAUGUCUAAAUUCAGCACUACUGUUGAAUAAAACAAUUAAACAGUUGUGUGUUUGUCA